AAUAAUAAUAAUUUUGGUUGAAGGGCUUUAGUUGUUUGUAGAGUAUAAAAAUUGUUACGUACUGAUUCUAUAUAUUAAUAAAUUGUGUGAUCUGAUUCCCCAAAAAAAAUAAAAUGGUCUAUGAAAGUUCCCAAAAUUGAACAAUUUUAUUCUCUUUAAUCUCCGUCAAAUUCAGAACUGUUUCUCUGCGUGUUAGCCAUGGCUGCUCCGUUUUUCUCAACGCCUUUCCAGCCUUACGUUUAUCAGAGUCCACAAGAUGCUAUCACACCUUUUCAAAUUUUGGGUGGCGAAGCACAGGUGGUUCAGAUAAUGUUGAAGCCCGAGGAAAAGAUUGUUGCAAAACCUGGUUCAAUGUGCUUCAUGUCUGGAUCCAUUGAAAUGGAUAAUGUUUUUCUUCCUGAAAAUGAAGUGGGUAUGUGGCAUUGGCUUUUUGGAAAGACUGUUACAAGUAUAAUCCUUCGCAAUCCUGGUCCAAGUGAUGGAUUUGUUGGCAUUGCUGCACCUUCUCUUGCAAGAAUUCUCCCAAUUGAUUUGGCGGUGUUUGGUGGAGAGAUUUUAUGCCAGCCAGAUGCAUUCCUUUGCUCUGUCAAUGAUGUGAAAGUCAGUAACACAGUUGAUCAGAGGGCACGCAAUGUCAUUGCUACUGCAGAGGGAUUUUUAAGACAGAAGCUAUCUGGACAAGGGCUUGCUUUUAUACUUGCAGGUGGAUCUGUUGUACAGAAAAAUCUUGAGGUGGGUGAGGUUCUGGCUGUUGAUGUGUCUUGCAUUGUCGCCCUAACUUCAACAGUCAAUGUCCAAAUCAAAUACAAUGGUCCGAUUAGAAGAGCAAUGUUUGGGGGUGAAAAUCUAGUAACAGCUGUUCUAACAGGACCAGGCAUCGUCUUUAUCCAGAGUUUACCUUUUCACCGACUUUCUCAGCGCAUUGCUCGGGCGGUUACAUCCCCAAACAUGAGAGAAAAUCCAAAGUUCUUCAUUCAGAUUGCCAUUUUCUUUUUUCUGGCAUAUGUUGUGAUUGUAUCGUCACUAAUCUUAACUGAUGUAUGAAUUUUACUCAAGUUUUUCGUUUUCCUUUGUAUAAACCAUUAACAUAUCCUGUUCUUUUUUCCAUUGAGGGUUAAAGAUGUAGAUCCUACUCAAUUCCAAUAUAAUUAUAUCAAUAGAAACGAAAAGGUUUUUAGGGUGGUUUUACCA